CAGGAUAGCAGUGGAACUGUUGCCGAGCUAUGUUGAAAAAUACAGCCUAUCAACGGUGCAAUCAAAAAGAAAAAAACAUAGGUCUCUAUAGGCUCUGGCUGAAAUGACGCAAAGAGUUGUCGUUCAGUUUGACGGCCAUGGCAUGCCUGUUCUCUUGUAGGCCAGUGCUCUGCAACCGUUGCUGGUUCUUGCCCAACAGUACUUAAAAAUAUGCCAUUGUACAGCACCGCGUCUUCGCAGAGCAACACGACAGAGUGAGCGCAGUAGCCUAAUAUGUAAAAGUGGGUGUGCAGCAAUAGGUCGAGUUAGAGACGCUGCCGGUGAUAAAUGUAGCGCCACAGAGCAGAGGGAGGCUGGGCAAAUAUUAUUACUCGCAGUAUUGUGGAAUACCAACGCGACGACGGGUAAAUAAAUAUCCUGGUGCGCAUCGUUGACAGACGGAUAAACGGGUUAUCCAGUCAGUCGCCUACCCCGUGCCCUGACAUAUCGCCUCGCCUACGCAUGUGAGUUCCAGUCGUCAGAUCACACGAAGAGCAGCCGCAUGAUCGUUUUCAUAAUGCGGGCGUGAAUCGGCAACAGUAACAGUAAAGGAGAGAGGGGAGGAGUACGCAGGGAGAGCGAUCUGCUUUCCCCGCCAGACUAACGGGAGGAGAGAGAGGGGGAAAGCAACACUCCCAAGAAUGUCGAAUCGAAAACACCGGGAUAACCAGGAGAUAUGCGCUCGCAGGGUGAGGGAGCUCGCGCAGGCAGCCGUCAACAAACACUGCUUCGAGUGCGGGCAGCCCGGGGUGACAUAUAUCAAUAUCACCAUCGGCUGCUUCGUGUGUACGUCGUGCUCCGGAAUGUUGAGAGGACUCAACCCUCCCCACAGAGUCAAGUCCAUUUCCAUGACAACCUUCUCCCAACAGGAAGUGGAGUUUCUCCAAAACCAUGGCAACGAGGUUGGGAAGAGGACUUGGCUGUGCACCUUCGACCCAAAAGCAGACGGAUGUUUUGAUGCUCGAGACUCCCAGAAACUAAAAGAGUUUCUGCAAGACAAAUAUGAGAGGAAGAAAUGGCAUUUUUCAAAGAGCAAGAACCGUAGAGACAUAGAUGGCCCCUUCAGCCCGGGGGUUCCGAACAUGCCCACCGUCCAGAAUCAGCCUCAUGGACAUCCCAUGGCCCACGCCGCCCACGCCGCCCAUGCCGCCCACGCUGCCCAUGCCGCCCAUGCUGCCAGGCCCACACGCACCCUGUCCCAGAAUCAGAUGGCCACCUGGGACAGACCCCCUAUGGUGUCCCCUGCUGACAUUCGCACCGACGUCUUUACUGCCAGGCCAACCCGCUCGCAAAGCUUCAGAGACCCUCCAUUGAAAGAUGCUUUCAUCAGUGGGAUGGAGAGACAAAGGCCUGGGUCAAUGUCCGCAGGAAUGGCAGCCCAGAAUCACCCCACGUCCUUUCCAGCCCUCCCUCGUCCAUCAGGUCGCAGCCUCUCUGGAUCUGGCGGUGGAGCUCCUUUCAGGGCGUUUCCCAAGUCGCUCAGUGUGGACUUUGGGGGUCUUGGUCAUCAGCCGCAUGCCACGCUCAGCACUGCCACCGCCCCGCCCGCUGCUGCCCCCACCAAAGCAGCGCCAGCGCCGCCCUCCCAGGACAGAUAUGCACCCCUCUCUCAGCUCGAUAGUGUCUUCUCUGAGAGCACGCCUGCCAAUACAGCCCCAUCUACUGGCCCAGCUCAGUACAACGCCAUAUUUGGCAACAGAGUGUCAACCAGCUCCACUCCUCCUACAAGUUCUCCUGAUGUUGCAGACCCAGACAUCCCAAGUUUCCCAAAUUUCCCCAACCCGUUCAACGUUACCUCCAGUACCCAGCCUGCACUCUCUCCAAGCAACCCUUUCAAGUGUGUCUCGUCAGAUGAUACCAGUGCGUUCGUCUCCAAUCCAUCAUCCAUAUUCCCUCAAUCAGCUUCCUUCCCGGCACCCACCACUACCCAGAAUGCA